GCUUCAAAUAGGAAAAUAGAGUUGGCUUUCUGCCCACCAAAAGUAACAGUGUCUAACCCAUUUCUGGAGUACAUCAGAUAUGUUAUAUUCCCUUGGUUUGGAAACUUGGAGGUAGCUGACAAGAAAGGGAAUGGCAGUAGCAAGACAUAUGCAAGCAUGGAAGAUUUUGUUGUUGACUAUGGAAGUGGCAAUCUUGAUUCUGCUGAUGUUAAGCUGGCUUUUGAAAAAGGAGUAAACAGCAUAUUAAAGCCUGUUCAGGACCACUUCAUUAGCAACAGUGAAGCCCAAAAUCUAUAUUUCUCCUGUAAGUUGCAGGAUCAAAUUACUGCAGAUACACGGAAGAUUAUACUACAGAAUGAGGAGAUUGUCUGGGGUAGGUCGGAGCUGCCACUAUGAUGUUGGGGUCAGCUGACCCCAACGAACUUAGGCAAAACGUGGAGUGAAUUGCUGCCAAAGUGCAAUGAGUCUUCUUCGCAAAGAAAGUGCAGUUAGUCUUGAUGGAACAGAUGAGCCCAUUGAAAUCUUUGGCUGACUGAAGAUGAUGAUAUGUUAGAUUGCUGGAGGGAGAAAUAAAGGCCUCAUAGUAACUUAUUGUUCCGAAAUAUGCAAGGAAUUGUUGGAUAGGCUUCUUAACUUAUUGUCCCGUUGGGUGGUUUUACUUUCCGUGUUGUAUAUAUCACAACAUUGUUUUUAUAUACUCCAUUUGUCUCAAAAUAAGUGUCAAAGUACAACAUUGGUAUUCCCUUCGUCUGGAUGAAUAAGUCAU